AGCGAGGAGCAGCACCAGCACCGCCCAUACACGCGCGUCCACCGCCGUUACACCUGUUAUUUUCUUCAUCCUGAGCAUGACCGCACGAGCGACGAUGAUGUAGCUAAGGCGGUUUAUUUUUUUUCCUUCCGCGUGAAUCGGUGAAUGUAAUUCCUUCACAGUGACCGGUUGGUGACCGCGCGAGCGACCGUCACCCGGUUUUUUUCCGUCCCGACAGCCGCCUCCUCUUCGAGAGAUACGUACCGAUGCGAUUCUUCAGACUCACCUUCAAGUGUUUCGUGGAUUGUUUUUGAAGGUGCCCUUUUAAUUCGGUGAUAUAUUUAUAUAUAUAUAUUUAUAUAUAUUUUUUCCGUUUCGUUUCCCGCGCGAGCCUCUUCUUGCACAUCUUAUUUCUGCGGAUUUUUUUUUUCUUUUGGACAAACGCACCUCCUUCCCUAAGAAGCCGUAAAAAAACCGUUAAAAACGGUAAAGCGGUUAUAUUUUAAAUUGACAUCAUUGAUUUAAUAAAGCCUUUAUAAUAAGGAAAGGCACGAGGACCAGCUCCUGUUAACCCUUGAACAGGCUUCAGCCGAGGAGAAGAACACAAGGACAUUUUUUUGGACUGUGUGGUGUGAGUGAGUGUGUGUGUGUAAGAGAGAGAGUGUGUGUUUAGGAUGGAGAAGAGCGAGAAGAGCGUCCUCAGUGCGGACUGCUGUGUCGGGGACAUAGGCACGGACUGCUGCAUGGUGGCUCUGGCGGAGGAGAAGAAAGGCCACCUCAUUCCCAACGGGAACCACCAGGCCGCCAACGGCGCUCUGAUCGGUGCAAACGGAGAGAAAAAACGCGCGCCGCCGCCGGAGAGAGAGACAUGGACCCGGCAGAUGGACUUCAUCAUGUCCUGCGUGGGCUUUGCCGUCGGUCUGGGGAACGUCUGGCGGUUCCCUUACCUUUGCUACAAAAAUGGUGGAGGAGUCUUUCUCAUUCCCUACAUGUUGUUUAUAUUCUUCGGUGGAAUUCCUAUCUUCUUCCUGGAAAUUGCUCUGGGUCAGUUUAUGAAGGCUGGAAGCAUCGCUGUGUGGAACAUCGCUCCACUCUUUCAAGGACUCGGCUAUGCGUCCACAGUUAUAGUGUUCUUCUGCAACACAUACUACAUCAUGGUCCUGGCUUGGGGUUUCUAUUACCUCAUCAAAUCCUUCACCGCCACACUGCCCUGGUCCACCUGCACAAACUACUGGAACACAGAGAACUGCAUCGAGACCUUCCGCCAUGACGCCUGCAAGAACAGCACCCUCAGCACCAACUACACCUUCAUGAACAAGACCUGCGAGGAGUUAGAGAACACCACAUCUCCUAUCAUUGAGUUCUGGGAGAAUAAGGUGUUACAGAUCUCCGAUGGCCUGGACAGUCCAGGACAGAUCAACUGGGAGAUGACUUUGUGUCUGAUGGCAGUCUGGGUGAUGGUUUACUUCUGCGUAUGGAAGGGAGUAAAGUCAACAGGAAAGAUUGUGUAUUUUACUGCCAUGUUCCCCUACGUUGUCCUGGUCAUUCUUCUGGUGAGAGGUGUGACCCUUCCUGGGGCCUACGACGGUAUCAUGUACUAUCUCAAGCCUGACUGGUCAAAGAUUCAAGAAGCACAGGUCUGGAUUGAUGCCGGCACUCAAGUGUUUUUUUCUUAUGCCAUCGGACUCGGAGCCCUGACUGCUCUUGGCAGUUAUAACCGAUUCAACAAUAACUGCUACAGGGAUACGUUUGUAUUGGCCCUGAUAAACAGCAGCACCAGUUUCUUUGCCGGCUUUGUGGUUUUCUCCAUUCUGGGCUUCAUGGCUGCUGAGCAGGGUGUGGACAUCUCAAAAGUGGCAGAGUCAGGGCCGGGGCUGGCGUUCAUCGCGUACCCCAAAGCCGUCUCGAUGAUGCCUGUGGCACCAGUCUGGGCCACACUCUUCUUUUUAAUGCUGCUGAUGCUGGGGCUGGAUAGUCAGUUUGUCGGAGUGGAAGGCUUUGUAACUGGCAUCCUGGAUCUGCUCCCUUCAAAGUUUAACAAGCGAGAAAUCGCUGUGGCGAUCUGCUGCUCAGUGAGCUUUGUUAUAGAUCUCUCCAUGGUUACACAGGGAGGGAUGUAUGUCUUCCAGCUUUUUGACUAUUAUUCAGCCAGUGGAAUGACCCUGUUGUGGCAGGCAUUCUGGGAAUGCGUGGUUGUCGCCUGGGUUUAUGGUGCUGAUAAGUUUAUGGAUGACAUUGCCCGCAUGAUCGGUUACCGGCCUUUCCCUUGGAUGAAGUGGUGCUGGUCAUUUCUUACUCCAUGUGUUUGCAUGGGAAUAUUCGUGUUCCACCUGGUGAACUACAAGCCUCUUACCUACAACAAUGUGUAUGUGUACCCUUGGUGGGGAGAGAUGAUCGGAUGGUUGCUGGCUCUCUCCUCUAUGCUCUGCAUCCCCGUUAGCGUCGCCUACAAGCUCAUCAUGGCCAAAGGAUCCUUCCGACAGCGCUGGGAGAGUCUGACCAAACCAGUAUGGGCGGCGCAUCAUCUGGAAUACAUGGCUCCUGACACUGAUAUCAGAAGCCUGUCAUCGUUGUCCCCGGGGACCGAAGACAACAAGGUCAUCAUCUUCGAGAGCGGCAUGUAGGCGUGAAGUCGGAGGACCCCGAAGACGCCGGAGCCAAAGACAAGCUGAUAAUGAUGCUGCUUGUAUUCCAGAUCAGUUUUACACUCGCCUGAUAAAAAAAGCCCUACUUUUAUAACACAUAUCUCCGAGAAACGAGUUUACAAAAAGUCGAUGAUUUGUUCAUUUCAUCGGGACAGAACUACUGGGGUUGAAAUCGCUGCUGAUUCUAUUUCACUCAUGCUGUUCUGUACAUAUUAGCAGCACAAUAUGAGCUUGUCCUUGGCUCAGAGAGAGAGAGAGAUGCGAAACGUGAGAGGGAAUCUAGCUUGGUGUAGCUCUUUCAUACCAUCACCUCCUCAGGGCAGAAUUCCCACAAUCCUCAACAUUCAGUUUGGCACAGAUAAAAGUUCUGUGUGUGUUUCAAAUAUGGCAAUUGGGUCCACUGUAUUUAAAAAGGGCCAAAGUAGAUGAUCUUUGACUACAUUCUCCCUUCUGUCUGUUAUUAUAUAGUAUUACUUUUAAUACAAUGUGUGCGUGUGUAUAUUUAGACUAAUAGCAUACAGUAAUAAAAAGUGUUAGGUUAAACAUUACAAAUAUUAUUGACUAACCACUGAGAUACGAAGUAACCAGCUCGUAGUUGGAACGAUUCCUUUUAUUGCACAGUCUGUACAGAGUUAGUUAUUGUUUAUUGAUGUGUGAAACAUGUCAGCUUUUUUUUUUUUUUUUUUUUUUUUUUUUAAACACAACUCACUUUGUGUGCCAAGCAGUCCGCUUCCUUUGUCUCUCUCUCAGACAGAAAGGACUCAUUGCCAUAAAAUAUCCAGCUCUCACUUGACUAGUUUUUUUUUCGUUGCUUUUUUUAUAGCAGAAUUUUGUAAAUAGUUUUUUUCCAUACUAAAUUCAGAAAUGGCUCCAUUUCAAAGUAAGAGGCUAACAAAGUGACGAUGUAAUGCUGAAUGUACGUUAUAUUGCACUUAAAGAAAAAGUGAUAACAGUGAGGACGUGGACUUGCACCUAGGGUUUCUUUAAUGUCUGUAGUGCAUGCGGUUACCAAGGAAACGAAUUUCACUAUACACCGAUCAGCCAUAACAUUAACACCACUGCCAGGUGAACUGAAUAACAUUGAUCACCAGUUAUACACCAGCACACUGGCGACAGGAUCAUGGGCACCCCAGGCUCACCCAUCCUCAUGGGGACCAAAGACCAACCUGUCCGGUCCCAAACUCCCCCAGACCCCGAUCUGACCGAGCACCCGUGGGAUAAACAUGUCUGAUCUACCAAGGAUCCGCUGCCAAUGCCCAGGCGCCAGACCCCACAGCACACCCCAAAAAGGUCUUGUGGAGCCACGCCCACAGAGACCAGAGCCACCCAGGUGGCACGGGGGAACCCAAAACCUAGGUGGUUUUAAUGUUAAUGUUUUUAAAGUUAUGGCUGACCCGUGCAUUCGACUAAAUGUUCAUACAUGCGCUCUACUCAAACACUACCAAAAAUGUUUUAUGUAAAUGUUUAUUGACCCACUUUGGACGUCUGCCCUUGGACUAUGAUUUUAUAGCCUGUGUGUCUGUCAAAAGUAUUAAGUAAAUGUUAAUAAUCGUAUUUAUAGUACUGACACAACACAGGCGUUGGGAUUAUGUUGAAAAAUAUCAGCGUAGUCCUUAAAUAUCAAAUACAACGAAUAAAAUAAAGCUUUAUGUAGUGUAGCAUUAAUGAUUUAAUGAUAUUUUAAGAUCUUUAUUAAUUGUUUUAGGUUUGAAUGCGAGCGGAAAAUCACGGCCAGGUUUUUUUAAUUUUUUUUUUUUUAUUGUUUCUUUGUUUUCCAACAUUGGGUGUAUGUGUUAACUAAUGAGGUGAUAUUCACUAAUAUUACAUAAUAGGAGUGUUAUAGCAGAUUGUUAGGCCUGUACAGAAGUGGUGUUGAUGGGUGACGGUUGCCAAACUUUUUUUUAUUGUUUGUUUUAUUGUAAAAGCCCGUAAAUAUCUAAGUGCAUAUCUGUUGGGUCGAACUGCACUGUGGGAAUUCUGCCCUCCUUUCCUUACACUAGUGUACCUUACACUAAUCAUUUCUAACAUGAUCGCAAUCUAGAAAACCAUUCGAAUGUAGUAGUAGUAGUAGUAGAAAUUUUUAUCUUAACUUUUUUUCGUUUGUUUGUUUUACAGAAUGUGAAAGAAAUCAGAGGUUUAUUUUGUGAAGGCUUUUAUUUUGUUGAUAUCCGUGUAUACGUCUAUAUAAUUAUAUAUAGAAGUAUGAAUAUACAUAUUGCAUAUCUGUGAGGUAUAUUUUAAAAGUUUGCUGCAGGAUGAAUUUUUUGAUAAAGAUAUGACUGUGGAAAGGGAGUUAUUAUCGAUACGAUUCAGUGGCGUUACCGAGAGAAUCAUUAAGACAGCACAUUACAUUGUAUGUUAUAAGUAUCAAGCUCGUGUGCGUGUUAGAUUUCAGUAUUUUCAGCUGACCACCCAGAGACCAAACACAACAGAUAAUAGUCUAACACUGACGUCACAGUUUUAAUUCAUUACAUGAUCGUGUGCUCUACCUAUUAAUAAAAACGAAAAUGCCUCAAGUCCGGGGAUACGUGCAAGGUGCAAAAGUCUGCACACCAUUAGAACAAAAACAAAAGAUGUUUUUUAUGUGUUAUUUCAUAGGUGUUCCUUUAUGGAAAUAAAAAAAAAGUAUCAAAAAUACUCUAAACAAUCCAGUCUAAAGUUUGGGAGUCAUAUUCCCCAGUGGCUCAAACCUCCUUUCCCCCAUUUCUUCCAUUUUCCGAAUCACAGGGGAUGCAAACUUUUGCGCUUAACCGCACUCCCUUGAUCAUUGCUUGCACUCCAAUAACUCAGAUCUAAGAGUCUCUCAGAGUGUCCCAGACUUCUGUGGCCUUUGUGCUCUUUUCUCAAGACCUUUUAAUCAAACUGAAACCAGCCAAGUUAAUCACAGAUCACAAGUCCAGCUCGUUAUGACACUCAGAGCUGAGAGCUUAUUCACUUUUAAGUCAGGAAACGUCAAAAUAACGUAUUGUAACAUAUACGACAUCACCGACCUCGAAUUAAUCAAAGUAAUCUGAUAAAUCGCUUGGAUCAGACAUCAUUAGAAAGUACCUUCAAGGCAGGAUUUUCCCAAACAUGUUUCAACUCCGUGAGACCAAAACCAGUGAAACUGCCUGUAACAAUCACGGCUCCAGAGUGUUCUGGGUCACUUGCUUAAGGUUGAAAAGUUUCUUUUAACACGCCCCUUCCCCCCAACCCCCCUGCUGCUUUUUUAUUAAAUAUACAUACACUAAACGGGCACUUUAUGGGCGCUUCAUAGAUUCCUCUCGAUCCUGGGAUGGUCAGCUGAUCAAAUGUUGCUUAGUCAUUGUAUGUAGUAAAGUAGAGGAAAAAAAAACAUGAACAUUAACAAAAAAAUUAUAAUAAUAAUAAUAAUAAUGAAAAUUGUUCUUGACAGUUGCUUUGUUCCAAAGACUAGCUCACUGCAAAUGAACUGUAGUUUGUUCUAGUUAAUGUUGUAAUGUUAAUAAACAAAAUAAACAGAUGUUUUGUUGAAAUCAGCUUAAAUUUUUACAUUACUGAAUUAAUUGAUUAAUUAAUUUAAAAGAAAUGUAUCAAUGAAUUGAUCUAUAUUUCUAAAUAAACUUAAAUAACUAACUUUUACUCUUUGAUGAAUUGAAAGCUGUUAAAUGCGAUUCUACAAUGAAAAUCUACUAACCAAACAUACAGUAUGCUCGUGUUUAAUUAACCAGCAGUAACUUUUUUUGUUUUUUUUUAAACCGUGAACUCUUAAUUUUGUACAAUGACCUUAAAAUCUUUUAAACCGAAUCUGAAACAUGUAUGGUUACCGAAAGCUUAAUUUCUAGAACAUCUUCGAGCACAAGUUCUGCUAGUAUUCUGUUCAGAAUUGCUAAAGCUUUGGGUCAGGUUACUGUCUCGAAAGGUUCUCUGUUAUUAACACAUUUUUCGUGAUUAACUCUUUCAUCGUUGUGCUUCGUGACAUGCUGUGAGCUGUAAACCACGGUCUUCCAUUCGUAAGCUGACGUAGUAAGAACAUAACGACUCGUUGCUGUAAAAAGUCAUCGCUCGUGCAAGAGCCGAUCACUGAUCAUUGAUGUUGAUGAUGUAUGAAGGGCUUCAUGCUUUAUACCACUGUGACUGUGUGCUGAAGAUCCACUCACCCAUAUCAAAGCAACAACCGGCAAUAAACAAACUAACUCCAUGGCAACA